AUGACUGAAAAAUUUGAAAAAUUUAAACAAAAAUUUAUCGAUGAUUGGGAAAAAAUAUUCAGAGUAAAGUGUAAUAGUCAUGAUAUUGAACAUAAUAUUUUUCUUGUAGAAGUAAAAUAUGGUUCUGAAUCCUUUUUAAUAUAUGGAAUAUUUUCCUUUGAUGAAUUUGUCCCAUUAUAUAAAUUUGAUAAAUUCAUUACUAAAUUUAACGGUUUUCCCAAUCCAUCAAAGAUAUUUAUUUUUUCAAAUAAAAAUAUCUUUGAAAAUUCUAAAGAUUUUUUAAAAUGGGGAGAUAAAGAGAUUCAUCUUGGUGAUGGUGAUAAACCUGUUAAAAGAUAUAUUAAAUUAACAAAUGUAGGAGAAUUUGAAUAUCAAGGUGUAAAAUAUUUUAAUGUUGGUCAUGUUGAUAUUUACGAACAUGAAUGA